CGAAUCUUUUGGAUAAAAGGACACUCUCUGAGUCUCUCCCUCCUCACUGCUUACUAUAAACUCACUCAGCAACGCGUUGCAGAAGACAGAGAGAGAGAGAGAGAGUCCAGAGAGAAAAGAUGGGUCGGAGCUCCACACUACCCAAAUGGGUCUUACCGACUCUGCUUCUUCUCGGUCAUUUGGCAGCUCAAAUCUCGGCGGAAGACGGGCCAGUGCCAAACGGAGAUUUUGAACUGACCCCAUCAGGCGGCUUUUCAAACGAGGGCAUAGUAGACGGACCCGCCGGUAUCCCCAACUGGAAAGCAAACGGCACCGUUGAGCUGGUGGAGUCCGGGCAGAAACAGGGUGGGAUGAUCCUCAUCGUACCGCAAGGUAGACACGCAGUGAGGCUCGGAAACGACGCCGAAAUAAGCCAGCAGGUGAGGGUGGAGAAGGGGUCGGUAUACUCGGUGACUUUCAGCGCGGCUCGCACGUGCGCACAGCUGGAGUCGCUGAACGUGUCCGUGCCACCUGCAUCGCAGACGAUAGACCUGCAGACCUUGUACAACGUGCAGGGGUGGGACCCCUACGCAUGGGCCUUCGCGGCGGAGGAGGACAAUGCGAUGUUGGUCUUCAGGAAUCCCGGCAUGGAGGAUGACCCCACCUGUGGGCCCAUCAUUGAUGACGUUGCUAUCAAGAAGCUCUUUACCCCUGAUAGACCCAAAGACAAUGCAGUGAUCAAUGGUGAUUUUGAGGAAGGACCAUGGAUGUUCCCAAACAUCUCACUCGGAGUCCUGCUCCCCACCAACCUCGACGAAGAAACUUCGUCCCUACCUGGUUGGAUCGUCGAGUCCAACCGGGCUGUUAGGUACAUAGACUCGUACCAUUACGCAGUGCCACAAGGAAAACGAGCAAUUGAAUUGCUGUCUGGAAAAGAGGGCAUCAUUUCCCAAAUGGUUGAAACUGCACCAAACAAGCCCUACACCUUGACCUUCUCAUUAGGCCAUGCUAAUGACAAAUGCAAGCAGCCUCUUGCCGUCAUGGCAUUCGCCGGCGACCAAGCGCAAAAUGUCCAUUACGCCCCUAAUUCCAACAGUACAUUCCAAGCCGCCGGCGUGAAUUUCACGGCCAAGGCUGAGAGGACAAGGAUUGCUUUCUACAGUGUGUACUACAAUACCAGGACUGAUGACAUGAGCUCACUUUGUGGGCCUGUGGUGGAUGAUGUUCGGGUUUGGUUUUCUGGGUCAUGGAGAAAUGGGUUUGGCGGGUCGGGCCGGCUGGCGGUUGGGCUUGCUUUCUGGUUGUUUGUGUGGGUUUUGGUUUAGUUAGGGUUAGGGUUUGGCAAGAUAAGUUUUAUCAUAUGUAACGUUUUGGUUUUAGUACGUCUACCGUGGGAGGGAUUUUUGCAAACAAUAGUCCCACGUACUAAGUUUACUCUAUAGUUUUGUUAUUAUGAAUGUGAAAUGUAUCUUCCUUUAUCCAAUUUCCGUAAUUUCGACCGCA